AUGGCCAAUUAUAUGAUACCAUAUAAAAAAAAUGUUCUUCCAAAAAAUUCAACUAAAAACCAAGACAAUAAUCAAGCUGAAGACCAAACUGAAGACCAAGCUGAGAACCAAGAUGAAGAUCAAGCUGAAGACCAAAUUGAAAAUCAUAAUAAACUAUAUUCUCAUGAGCACCAGAAAAUGUCAAAUCAAAUUCUAAAAAAAAAUAUUCAACCUAAUAUAUCAAUACCUCAUAUUUCUACUAGUUCGCAUAUUCCAAAACAAUCAAAAACUAUACCAAUUAAUAAUUUUAUAAAUCAUUUAGAUAAUGAAGAACAAGAAUCUCUUGAGUAUAUGUUAGCACAAGCUUUGUUUGCAACAGGAGUACUGUUUUCAUUUCUUGAUAAUCCUUAUGUGAUUAAAUUUUUUCAACAUAUUUACCCUGCAUUCAAAUUACUAAAUCAGAAAAAGCUUGCAGAUAAGUUAGUAGAUAAAGUUUAUGAGGAUGUAAAAAAGGAAUCUGAUAAACAAAUUUUAGAAGCACAAAAAAUUAAUCAUGAAAUUUAUGAUGAUAUUAGAGAAAUAGAAAAUAUAAUUUACACAGAAGGAAUUUGUGGAAAUAUCGAUGAAACUAAACAAAUUUAUUCAUCUGAUAUUGAAAAUAAUUCAACGAUAGAAUUGGAAUCGAAAUAUGGCAUAAUUAAUACCUAA